AUGGAUGAAGAGACUCACGUCAUUGAAUACGCGCAUCCGGAAGAUAGACUGAACCGGACGAUUCUCCAGAGACGACGCGGUACAGGUGAUGACACUACCUUUCGUUGGGCUGAGAUAAAACCAGGGAAUCCUACUGAGAUUAGGAGGGUAUAUGCAUCUUUGCCUUCAUCCCCUGCUGUGAAUGAGACUUUCUCGCGAUCCUCGACUCCUACCGUAAAGGAUGAAGAGCAUAUAUCUGUUCCGAAAGCGCCGCACGCACCAUUUUCGCUGUGGGAUUAUCUCCGUGAAGAGCUACUUGCUACAGACUUUGAUUCUCAUCAGGAGCUCAAAUGGGAGCGGGUGAGCAACUUUCUGAAUGUUCCCCUUGCGAUCGAGAAGAUCAUAUUUUUCGGGAGUGUCCUCUGCUUAGAUACAUGGCUAUAUACUUUCACCAUUCUUCCUAUACGCUUUUCAAUUGCUGUUCUUGCUGCCUUGAAGGGAAUCCUGUUGAGGUCAAAAUCAUCCCUUCCCCCUUCUCAGAAAGCGGACAUCAUCCGUUUCCUCCUUCUCGUCGUUUCCGCCUCAAUUUUGUUGCCUUCCAUUGACCCUAGCAAAAUAUACCACUCAAUUCGUGGACAAGACACGAUUAAACUUUACGUCAUCUUCAAUGCAUUAGAGAUUGCGGACCGGCUCCUCAUCUCUAUUGGACAAGACUUGCUCGACUGCCUGUUCUCAAGAUCCACUUUGCUCCUUAUGUCACAUCACAUCAGACCGACACAGAAUACCCUUCGACCUCUACUUUUCUUUGUCCUUUCGACAUUUUACAUUUUAUCCCAUUCAAUGGUUUUAGUAUACGAGCUUACUGCGCUUGCUGUUGCCAUCAAUGCAUAUGAUAAUGCGCUUCUGAUGCUCCUUCUAUCCAAUCAGUUCGUGGAAAUCAAGGGAUCAGUGUUCAAAAAGUUCGAAAAGGAUAACUUGUUCCAGAUAACGUGUGCUGAUAUCGUGGAACGAUUCCAAUUGUCCCUCAUGCUGUUCGCCAUCGCAUUACGAAACAUGAUUGAAUUAAGUUCUUCGGAAGGCACUCUCAACUAUGCAGCACUACCGAAAGCAUUUCAAUUUUUCAACACAAAAAGCCUCACGUCCACAAUUUUCUCUCCUGUCUUUACGGUUCUAGCCUCCGAACUCGCCGUAGACUGGCUCAAGCACGCUUUCAUUACAAAGUUCAAUCAUAUUCGACCUUUAGUCUAUGAACGAUACGUCGACAUUCUUUGUCGCGAUUUAUCAGUAUCUCAGGGGUGUUGGAUCGGGCGCAGGGGAUCUGCGCGCAAACAUUCAUAUGUAGACCAGUCACCAGUAGUUGCGAGAAGGCUAGGCUUUGCCUCGUUACCACUGGCCAUACUCGCGAUUCUCAUCGGGUAUCAAUCGCUUGGGAUGAUUAUCGCCAACCAUGCGUCGCACUCCAUAGGUUCCCUCCUGCUUGUUCAGCCCAGAAUGGAAGCACAAAGUACUGUCAGGGGAUGGUGGCAGUCUUCCUUACUAUGGCUGUCGAGAUGUGGACCAUGGGUUGCGCUGGGGAUUAUCUCGUGGAUCUGCCUAGUCACUGUUAAAUUGAUCAUUGGGAUUAACCUGUUGAUCUACGCAAGCAAGCGAGCGCAAGGGAUGGAGCGACGGGCGGAGGAAGAUGAACAGGUCAACGCGUACGGUCGGCCUCCGAUCGGAGAGGGUAAACAGGAGCAGGCUUACAAUCGAGAGCUUAAAUCGAUGCUCACUUCAGCUAGGGACGACGCUCCGUUUGUCCCGGAGAUAGGUGAGGCGGUCCGAGGUGGUAAGGACGGCCAGGGUUCAGGGGAACGAGAAUCAGGUGGUGGGAAACGGAAAACGAUACGCCUGGAGGACCUCACACGAUUCACGAUGGUGAAGCGGAUAUGGUAG